AGCAUCCUUCCUGAUGGACGAGACGGUGAAGCCUCUGAGGAUUCCUCCUCAAAUGUCCGUCUACGCCGACAAACACAACAUCUUCCACCUGCUGCAGAGCAUGUUGUCCGGCCUGGUGGUGGAGCAGCCUGCUGACGCUCUGAGCUUCAUGAUCGCUCUGCUGCAGAGGAGCAGCACGGACAUCCCCAGAGUGCUGCUGCUCGGUCCUCCUGCUGUCGGGAAACACACCAUGGCCGAGCGGCUCAGUGCUGACCUGAGAGCUGUGCAUGUGACCUCAGAGAGUCUACUGAGCGACCAAUCAGAGCUCAGCGCUCAGGCUCGCUGUGUCCCGCCCACUGAGCCAAUUCCUGUGGAGCUGCUGGUGAAGCUGGUUCAGAGGAGACUGGGAGAAAUCGACUGUUUCUGCAGGGGCUGGGUGUUGGAGGGCAUCCCUCAGACUCGACUGCAGGCUCUGAGUCUGCAGCAAGCCGGAGUCAUACCGGAACAUGUUGUGAUGUUGGAGGCUCCUGAAGAUGUGUUGUUGGAGAGGAGUCGGGGGAAGAUGGUGGACCCGCUGACCGGAGACGUGUACCACCAGACCUUCAUCCUGCCUCCGGACCCCCAGGUGUCUCAGCGCCUGGAGCAUCGCCCUGCAGAGCUGCAGAGAGGCGCCGAGCUGCAGCGCCACCGCCGUGAGGUCACAGGCCUGAGCUCAGCCUAUCAGAACGUCCUGAGGGUCGUCAACGCCGACCAACCACACGCUGACGUCUAUCAACAAGUGCUGGCUUUCGCUCUGACUCGUCGCCGCUCCAGAAUUCCCAGAAUCCUCUUGUUGGGUCCUCCGGGGUGCGGGAAGAGUCUCCAGGCCAGACUGCUGUCAGAGAAAUACAAGAUGGUGGAUGUGUGUUGUGAACAGUUGCUCAGGUCUGUAGCAGCUGAGGGUUCGACUCUGGGAGAAGAAAUCCACUCGUAUCUGGAUGAUGGGAGGCCAGUCCCAGACUCCCUGGUUCUGCAGGUUCUGGAGGAGCGUCUGAGCCGAGUGGACUGCAGCGUCAGAGGCUGGAUCCUCCACGACUUCCCCAGAGACCUGCAGCAGGCCAGGAGCCUGCAGGAGGCGCUGCAGGGGGCGCUGCAGCCCAACAGGGUGUUCUUCCUGGAGCUGGCAGACGAUGUGUGUGUGGAGAGGACCACGCUCAGAGCCACAGACCCAGUCAGUGGAGAGAGGUUCCACGCUGUGACUCGUCCCGCCCCGAGCUCUGAGGUCCAGAACAGACUGCAGACCAGACCUGAGGACAGCACACACACUGUGACACACACUCUGAAGCAGUACAGGACACACACUGCCACCUUGCAGGCAGUGUAUCCAGCUGCAGGUGUGGUUGAUGCUGAUCAGGACCCUCUCUGUGUGUUCGAGGCUCUGCAGAGCAGACUGACGGCUGACUGACUCCUCUGUACUUUCAUAUACUAUAUACACCGUGAUAGAUUUGUCUAUCGGUACACCGUGUUUCAGAUUGGGUUGGGAUCAAUAAAAUGUGUUUUC